GACUAACCAGCCCUUCUCCAGCCAGCGUAGUCAAGGAAAGCGUCUCUUGAGUUUGAGCUAAGAUUUGAAUGAGCAUGUCAGAGGUCAACACCGUGGUAAGUAUUGUUCCGAUCUUUCUAGAACCAGACUGACUCCUGUUCCGAUGUCUGCACAUCUCCGCUUAACCCACCUCGAACACAUUAAAGUCUUACUUUAUUACAUUACACACGGGAAUCCGAGGUUCAGAGGUAAAUAAGGCAAGUACCUGCCUUCACGUACUCUGGCUACACACUGGUGUGUUAGAGGAGAACGACGUACUGGGGCAGGGUUUGGAGAGUACUGAGUUCGGCACGUUAGCCGCUGCUUGGGCUCAUCCAAGAAGGCUCCGGAGAGAGAGGUUAAGUAGGCCACCAUCCUUCCUUCCCACCUCUCUUCCCAUUUCCAACAGCAUGGCCCACGUUUCGAGCUCAGAAAUAGAAGCAGGCAGAGGCCCGAAAAGGCCCUGUCACUUCUCCCACGGUUUUCCUAGCUGUUAGGAUGCAAACCACUCAGGCGAUGACUUCCAACUAACUUGAAAAGGUACAGACGCAGAAAAAGUGAAGAGGACACCAAAACCCAGCAGCAUCCCCGCCCUGCGCACGCCGUGGCGUCACGGUCUGCGGAAGCAAGGCCUCUCGAUUCGUGCUCCGAGACGACGUCACUUCCGCUGCCUGCGCGCUCUGCGGCGCUAAAUGUUGUUACUAUUUCCGGGUCAUCCAGGCCGCCUGUGGCGGCGCAGGCGUGAGUAUUAGCAGGUGUCCGGUCUAUGGAGUCAGUUGUUGCCGGCGGCGUCGCGGAGGCAGGAGGUGGUGUCCGAAUAGGGGCCUUUGCCCCGCCAGGAUGUUACCGGGCUUGGCCGCCGCCGCUGCGGCCCACAGAUGUAGCUGGUCCUCCCUGUGCCGGCUCCGUCUGCGCUGCAGGGCGGCGGCCCACGGCUCCAGCGAGCGCCAGGAAUGGCAGAAUUUAGUGACAUUGGGAAGCUUUUCAAACGUGGUUCCCUGUAGUCACCCAUUCAUUUGUACACUGAAUCAAGUGAAGUUGUACUCUACAAAUGUUCAGAAAGAAGGACAGGGAUCACAAAGUCUCAGAGUGGAAAAAGUGCCAUCAUUUGAUGAAACAGAAAAUAUAGGUGCUGAACUCAAAGCUCCACUCAUUAAGCAAGAACCUCUCCAAGUAAGAGUCAAAGCAGUCCUUAAGAAGAGGGAAUAUGGACCAAAGUACACUCAGAAUAAUUUCAUCACUGGAGUCAGAGCAAUAAAUGAGUUCUGUCUGAAAUCCAGUGAUCUGGAACAACUUCGAAAAAUCAGACGACGAAGUCCUCAUGAAGAUACCGAGUCCUUUACCGUAUACUUGAGAUCGGAUGUGGAGGCAAAAUCUUUGGAAGUUUGGGGAAGCCCUGAAGCUCUUGCCAGAGAGAAAAAACUGCGUAAGGAAGCAGAAAUAGAAUACAGAGAAAGGCUAUUUAGAAACCAAAAAAUAUUAAGAGAAUAUAGAGACUUCCUGGGAAACACUAAGCCACGGUCCAGAACGACAUCAGUUUUUUUUAAAGGGCCAGGAAAAGUGGUGAUGGUUGCCAUUUGCAUCAAUGGAUUAAAUUGCUUCUUUAAAUUUCUUGCCUGGAUUUAUACGGGUUCCGCAAGUAUGUUCUCUGAAGCUAUACAUUCUUUAUCUGAUACUUGUAAUCAGGUUGGCUUUCACAUUUUUCGUCCUUAUAAGCAAUGGUGUUUUGAACCCCAUUGGGGUCAUCUUUAUUUCUGUAAGGGUUUGCUAGCAGUGGGCAUCAGUAAGUCUGUUCAAACACCAGAUCCUACUCAUCCGUAUGGAUUUUCGAAUAUGCGCUAUAUUGCUUCACUCAUUAGUGGAGUUGGUAUUUUCAUGAUGGGUGCCGGAUUAUCUUGGUAUCAUGGAAUCAUGGGAUUGCUUAAUCCACAGCCAAUGGAAUCCCUUCUAUGGGCAUAUUGUAUUUUAGCAGGAUCAUUAGUAUCUGAAGGAGCAACACUUCUCGUUGCUGUAAAUGAACUUCGUAGGAGUGCUCGGGCCAAAGGAAUGCCAUUUUAUAAAUAUGUAAUGGAAAGUCGUGAUCCUAGUACAAAUGUUAUAUUACUGGAGGAUACCGCAGCAGUCUUGGGAGUAAUAAUAGCAGCCACGUGUAUGGGCCUUACUUCUAUAACAGGUAAUCCCCUGUAUGACAGCCUAGGUUCUUUGGGUGUGGGCACGUUACUAGGCAUAGUCUCUGCAUUCCUCAUCUACACUAACACAGAAGCCCUCUUAGGGCGAUCCAUCCAGCCAGAGCAAGUACAGCGGCUGACUGAACUCCUGGAGAACGACCCAUCAGUAAGGGCAAUUCAUGAUGUUAAAGCCACAGAUCUGGGAUUAGGGAAAGUAAGAUUUAAGGCAGAAGUAGAUUUUGAUGGACGAGUUGUUACAAGAUCAUAUUUAGAAAAACAAGAUUUUGACCAAAUGAUGCAGGAAAUUCAAGAAGUGAAAACUCCUGAAGAACUAGAAACCUUUAUGCUUAAACAUGGAGAAAAUAUUAUUGAUACUUUAGGAGCUGAAGUAGACAGACUUGAGAAGGAACUGAAAAAACGAAAUCCUGAAGUUCGACAUGUAGAUUUGGAGAUAUUAUAGAUUUUAUUGAAUGAAUCUCUUUGGAGGAAAGCCUUGGAAACAAGUCCGCAAGCCUGCUCUCCUGUACUGAAGGCGUCAGGGCCAUUCAGAAGCUGUUUUUUUGAAGAUGGAGGAAGUAUUUAAUGUGAAGGGCAGUUCAGCAUCUACAGAAUGACUACUUCAUCCUUGUAAGGGACCUAUUACAAGUUGAAUCAAUUUGGAAAUCAUGUUUUUAUGUUUCAAUAGAGAACAUUUUAGUUACUUAAAUUGUUCAUAAUUUUUCAUUUUACUCUGUCAGGGUAUAUUGUAUCUUGCGAUCAUGUUUCCUUUCUUCACAUUUGUAAAAAUAAGCAUCAUCCAUAGGAUUAUGAGUUUUAAUUUUGUUACCUUUGAAGAUGUCACUCCAUCAGAACCUGCCAAUCUUGAACGUUCUGGUUAAAUUUAGUUUUUAAAUAGUCACUCUGUUUUUUCCUUACAGAAUGUGGAAAUUAUUUCUACAUGAUUCUGCCCUGAGCAUUAAGAGGAACCCUCUCCUAUCCUAGUUGUCCAUAAUGUUCAUUCCAGAAACGGCUUAGUUACUGAAUCGAAGGAGGACAUUUCAGUCCACCUUUUAGGUUGUAGUAGUUGCCAUUUUGUAAAUUUCUUAUCUCUCCUUUACUUUUUUCUUUAUUUAGUUUAAUUUUUCCAGUGUAGGAGAUACAGAAUAACCCGGGAUGUUUUCAUAGGCCAGUUUGAUGGCUGGGGUUUUUUUUUUGUUUUUUAACUGGCUUCAGUGCCAUAAUGUGUAUUUACUAGGCGGUAAUGCAUUUAUAAGCAUUUUAAAAUUCUGUAAAAUGGACUAGAAAUAUUUAUAAUUUUACAGACGGGACAGCAUUUUAUUUUUAAUUUAUUUUAAAAGGCACUACUCAUGUAAAUCUGAACUGUGAGAUAUUUCUUGCUUUAAGAGAAAGAGAAGUAAAUCUCUUAUGCGGAAACUUGUGGCCAUGAUUUUGUAUAAUAUCAUAGUCAAUAGUGUGUCUGUAACAUGAGUUUCUUACAGUUAUAAAUGGGCAUUUAUCAUAAUAUAUGGUUAAAACAUUAUGUAAGUAAGUAGCUUUCUAGUGAUAAGGUACCAAGGUGAAAAAACAUACAAUUCAGUAAUGAAAAAUUUAGUGCAAAACUACAGCUGUGUCUCCAUUCAUCAGAAUAACUCAUGCACUUUAAGUUGUUCAGAGUGGUAGUGAGCAUUGUCCAUGCAAGAGUUGUAGCUGGGUGAUUCUUUGCUGGAUAAGUGGGUGGUUGAUGUAAGAACCUAACUACUUGUAUGAGGUCAGUGGCUAAAAACUUAACUUAGAUGGAAGUUUAUGAAUCACAGCAGAUUGUAAUGCUGGAAACAAAAAAUAAACAUUUGAUUAAAGGGUU